UUAAAAAAUUCAUUAAUUUAAUUCAUCCAAAGAUAUUUAACAAAAUUUAAUAGAGAUGAGGGCACUAGCGAACAUUCAGCUACUGUUAUUAGCUCUAGCCAAUAUUAGUUUAAUUGAAGCCAGUUCUAAGGCUCAAUCUGUGACGUGUGGAAGUGUCGUAAAAUUACUUAAUGUAGACUAUAGAACCCGAUUGCAUAGUCAUGAUGUAAAAUAUGGAACUGGAAGUGGACAGCAGAGUGUAACCGGUGUUGAAAAUUCCGAUGACGUUAACUCACAUUGGGUGAUUAAAGGCAAAACAAACAUCGUCUGUGAUCGUGGUACAGUCGUUAAAUGUGGAGAUACGAUAAGACUGCAGCAUCUUGAAACAAAAAAGAACUUACAUUCCCAUUUCUUCAAUUCACCAUUAUCUGGAAAUCAAGAAGUGUCAGCUUAUGGUGAUGAAACUGGUGAAGGAGAUACUGGCGAUCACUGGGAAGUUAUAUGCUACGGAGAAGAAUGGCUACGUGACUUGAAAGUUCAAUUAAGACAUGUUGAUACAAGAAAAUUCUUAGGUGCAUCAGGAAGAUCCUUUGGACGUCCAAUUUCUGGUCAGAUGGAAAUUGUUGGACUUAAUUCGGGAGGAACUGGAAGUGAAUGGCAAUCAGUUGAAGGAAUCUUUAUUCAUCCAACAGAAUUCAUUCAACAAAACAUUCAUACUGAAUUGUAAUCCUUUAU